AGUAUUAUUAUUUUUAGUAACGACCCCAUCUCUGCCCCCGCAGACAUGCACUGACAGUCUACUCAGAAGGUUGACAUUUGAGUGGAACUUGAAGACUGCUUGGUCGACCAUUUCAUUUGAAUAUUCAUCGAUGUGGAGUCAUGCAACAUUUCAUUUGAUGGUUGGUGUUUCCUCCAGCAGCCUGUUGAAAUUACAGUGCUGUACAACAGCAUCAAGUUACAACAGCAAGACAAGACACCUGACCAUGGAGGUUACCAAGGGAAAUUGAGUCAUUCAGCAAUUUUGUCUUCGACAGCUAAUGCAGAAUUCCACUAGAUGGGUGUGCAAAACAUGUAGCUUUGAAUCUAACAAAAGGACAGGAUUGUUAAAGCACUACAGGCUAAAACAUGUAAAUGGUGGACGCUGCAACUCAGUCCCUUGUCUUUAUACAGAUUGCCCUUGUUCGUUUAAAACAUUUAAUGCCCUUCGUGCCCAUUUGUCCCGAGAGCACACAGAGUCAGUAACACCAGGUCUUUCAUUUAAUUGUCUACUAUGCAAUUCUAGUUUUCAUUCAGAGAGGAUAUAUCUUGAACAUCUUGGUAGCCAUUUGAGGAGGUUUGAAGUAGUUGCGUGUGUAUUCAAAGAUUGCAGCUUCAGUACAAACAUAUAUUCAACCUUUGUUACUCAUAGACACAGGAAACAUUCUCAACAUGGCCCUGAACACUUUAAAACUGAGGUCUUGAAAAGAUACCCUGAUCCCACUGUUGCUCAGGAUGAGUCUCUGUUUACGGAGGAUGAGGAUGAUGGCCCUGAGCAUUUUGUUGAGGAAGCAGAGGAUUUACCUCAGGUUAUAAAGGAGAAGUUUGGCCACCUCUUACUAAAACUAGAGAGCACUUUCAAUGUUCCAAACAAGUGUAUUGACACAAUUGUAGAUGAGCUACAGUUCAUAUCCUGCUCUGCAUCUGGUCCAGUUUUAAGAGAUGUGAUUGAGUCCACUUUAAAGAGCCAUAACUGUGAUUUGGAUGAAGCUGUAAUCUCAGAUUUGGUGAAAAAUCUCUGUGAGUCACACCCUAUGAGUUCAGUUUUGGGAACAGAUGGACCUUUUACUACUUCGUACAAGAGAAGAGAAUUUAUGAAGAAACAUUUUUCCGUUGUUGAACCAAAAGAGUACAUACUGGAUAAGAGAGAGGGUAAAACAUUCCAGUAUGUACCUAUAUUGCAGUCCUUGUUGCAGUUAUUAAACAAUAAGAAUAUCCAAGAAAAGGCACUAGGUAGUGAAAGAAACUCUGAACGUAUACUUCACAAUAUCUGUCCUUUCAUGAUGGAUCUCACUAUCAGAAAAAUGAUUUUUUCUCUGCAGAGGAGGACAGAAUUAGUAUCAUUCUGUACAUUGAUGACUUUGAGGUAUGUAAUCCUCUUGGGACUUCCCGAAAAAAGCACAAAGUCACGGCUGUGUAUUGGGUGCUGGGAGACAUUCCAGCACAGUCACGAUCAACAUUGGACUCUAUUUAUUUAG